CACUGCUUCCUUAAUUUCAAACAGAUCUGUGACCCUAAAAACGUCGACAGACGCAUGCAGAACAUUCGAACCGGCUAGCCUGGCUGAUAUAGUUUCUGCCAUAAACAACAUAGGUAGGUAGCUACUCAUUGGUUAACCUACACAAUGGAUUUCCAGCAUCGAGCUGGAGGGAAGACGGGGACAGGGGGUGUCGCCUCCGCCUCGGAAUCCAACAGAGAUCGAAGGGAACGUCUAAGACAAUUGGCCCUGGAAACAAUAGAUCUUCUCAAGGAUCCUUACUUUAUGAAGAACCACUUGGGCUCCUAUGAGUGUAAGCUGUGUCUGACACUACACAAUAAUGAGGGAAGUUAUUUGGCUCAUACACAAGGCAAGAAACAUCAAGCUAAUCUUGCUCGUCGUGCAGCUAAGGAAGCAAAAGAAGCCCCAGCACAACCUGCACCAGAGAAAGUUCGUGUUGAUAUAAAAAAGUUUGUCAAGAUUGGACGUCCUGGUUACAAAGUGACAAAACAGAGGGACCCUGACAAUGGACAGCAGAGUCUUUUGUUCCAGAUUGAUUACCCUGAAAUUGUGGAGGGAAUAAUGCCACGUCACCGAUUUAUGGCAGCAUAUGAGCAGAAGAUGGAACCCCCAGACAGGAAGUGGCAGUAUCUUUUGUUCGCUGCAGAACCUUACGAGACUAUUGCUUUCAAGGUUCCUAGUCGGGAAGUGGACAAAGAUUCCAAGAAGAUCUGGUCUCACUGGAAUAGAGAAACAAAACAGUUUUUCCUUCAGUUUGCCUUCAAGGUUGAUUCAAAGCCAGCAUCCUCUGCACCACAGCCACCUCCAAGUGGCCCCCCUCCUCCUUCUCAACCUCCAACACAACCCACAUCACAACCCCCCAGCGCCCCUGCACCACAACUGCCUCCCCCUCCCAGGAUGCCCCCACCCCCUCGCAUGCCCCCUCCCCCUCCUGUACCUCAUCCAAUGCAAAUGAGUGGAGGAGCACCACCUCCCCGCCCGCCUAUAAGUUUUCCACCCAUGCCCCCGGGUCCUCCUCCGAUGGCCCCUCCUCCUAUGCCUCCAGGAAGUGCCCCUCUGCCAGGUCCUCCACCCCCAGGCCCCCCACAAAGCAUGCCAGCACCACCCCCUCCUCCUGUUCCUCCCCCUAUGGUGCCUUCUGCAGCCCCACCCAUGCUACCUGCAGCCCCUCCCCCUCCACCCCCUCCCUCAAAUCCUCCAGGAACUUCAUCAUGAUCAUGCAAAAGGCAGCUUAUUGGUGGACUUUAGUUAUGGAGUUGUCUGUACAUUUCUGGAGAUACUUCAAAAUGGACACAUUUAUUCAACAAAUUAGAUCAAGAUUUCAAAGUGAUGAUUAUUCAUUUCAUCAAAUAAAGACUUUAAACUGAGCAAUGUUUUCCCUCAGAUAUAUUCAUUAAAACACGAUACUUUAGUAUCGUGUGUAAAGUAUCGUGUUGUGUUGUCACACAGAACAUUACAUAAAUAAUUUGAAAUUGUGUGAAAAAAAUCAGUAAAAAUUGUAAAUACUCA